UGACUAUCGACUUCCUCAUCAAAUCAUCAACAAGUGGAACUUAUUAACUCAACAUGUGAUUGAAGCUCCAUCUUACGACACUUUCAAAGGGAAGUUGGAUCAACUGAGAGGCCGUAAUUGCCCGGACUAACACAGGCCAACAAGCCUUCUGUUCUUUCCAAAAUGAAACUGAUGGGAAACAGAAUACCUUAAGCGGGCUAUUGAAGUUUGGACGUCCCCUCAAGGCUAGUCAUUCAAAGUAAAUUGUACCGUAAAUGUCCUAGCCUCAAUAAUUAUUGGGUGCCUAAGACCCAUGAACUGCAAACACGAGAAAAUCAGUCUGGCUUUAGGCCUGGUCAUGGCUGUAGUGACCACAUAUUCAACAUUUGUCAGGUUUUAGAACACAGGCUUGCUUAUCGGCGUCCAACAAUGAUGGCUUUUUUUUUACUUCAAAGCAGCAUUUGACUCCGUAGAUCGAGAGGUUCUAUGACAGUGUCUGUCAUUGCAAGUUUAACCUCAGAAGUACAUAGACCUUUUGAAGUCUAUUUACUUGAACACCAACGGCCGAGUCGGAGCUUAUGACGAACUAGUUCAGAUGACAGCUGUCAUCUGAUUUUGCAACCUCAAGUGGUGUCCGGCAAGGCUGUCAGUUAUGUCUAUUUUCGUUUAACUUCAUCAUAGACAUACUGUUGAAAAUAACGUUUUCGUCGACUGAAUUUUCGGGCAUUGAUUUCCUUCCAGGUGGUUCACUUAUGGACUUAGAAUAUCCAGAUGACAUAGUCUUGUUUGAUAAAGACGCUGAUAAAAUGCAGUCUUUUGGCCGCACUGAGCAACAGUGCCAGGAUGUUUGGGAUGCGUUUCUCUCUCUCUAAAUGCAAGUUAUUUCAGGACUGAUCUGCGUCAACACCUGAACUAAGGAUAGGGAGUGAAGUAGUCUGAUCAGCCCUAAUGGGUUGAUGUCUGACGAAAUCUCAACACAGAUUCAGAACGCUCGUUUGACUUUUUCCGACUUGCUUCACCUAUUGCGAAGGCGAGAUAUCCGUUUAUUAAUUGAGGGACGAAUAUACUGUGUAGUAGUUCGUUCUGUUCUACUUUAUGGCUGCGAAACGUGGCCACUAAGAGUAGAAGAUACUCGCAAGUUGCUUGCAUUUGAUCGACGAUGUCUUAUAAAUAUCGCUCGUAUCUGCUGGGAUCGCUGGGUAAGUAAUAGUGAGGUUAGAGUUAGGGUAUUGGGGAAUGAUGGUAAAUCAGUUGAUGAGGUUGUGAAUCUUCAUCGACUGAGGUGGUUGGGUCACGUGUCACGUAUGCCUGAACACUAAUUACCACUACGUGCAAUGCUGAUUAGUGUUGGCGAUGAUUGGUAGAGAGUUAGGGGGUGGACAAACCAAAACCUGGUAUCAGUGCUUGAAGUCACUAACUAUUAGUCUGAUCCAUGUUGGUAGAUGUAGACCACGUAGUUGGGGUCCGCGUAACCAUCGUAAUCAAUGGUCGGAGUGACAUGGCUCAGAAUCGAUCACAGUAGAGUAGGUGUAUACACUCUUUGUUUUCCCUUAAACUAUGACAUUAAAAUUGCUUUAUAUUUUUCUACCAACCAAUUCUUUCUUCCUGUGCUAUAUCCUUAUAUGCAAUCCUUCUUUUAUAUAUUACCACCAUUGAAUUAACUACUAUGCAUUCGGUGUUCAUCUUGUUGUGCUAAUAAGGUGUGGCAACUUGGACCGAUGCAUAUAUCUGCCUAGUCCUACGUUGUAGCUGACUUACCGACUGAUUUCGAGAGGAAGAGCUGACUGUCCCCACCCUCAGCCGUACCGGGGCAUUUGGGGGCAAAAGUAUGUACUACAACUAAUGUUGAAGUGUUUAUAUAUGUACAGUUUGUAUCAACUUCUUAAACUCCCAGUUCUUAUUUGUUUUUACUUUUCCAGAUAUUUAACAACUUUUGAUCAUACCGUACACUCAACUAAUGAUUAGCUAUGGAUUUUUCUCAGCUUGAUAAAGUUCGAUCUUUAAUUGAAGUGGACCAUUGUUACACAUCUUCAAGUAAAAGUAAUUGUGAUAGUGAUAACGAAAUAUUCAACUUGUCACCUUACCAUUCAAAUAUUGAAGUAGAAGAAAGUUGCUUAGAUGUUGGUGGGCCUGCUACUAGAUGUUCAUUUGAAGAGGAAAGAGUUAAUCAAAAUCUAUCAUUCACUAAUUGUUCGUCUGUGCCUGAGUUAUGUCAAAGGUUUCCUACAAAACAACCCAAAGAUGAUAACCAUACGUGGGUUUUGUGUGAAAAAAGGCAUUUGAAUCAGAUUUUAUCAUCUCUGACAAAAGUUUUGAGAAAUGAAUACUUUUACUGCUCUCAAUUUCAUGAUAUUAAACGCCUAAAUGUAUACAAGGAACUUAGUCUUCAUCGUGCUGCUAAUACUCUGAGAAGAAUAUUCGCUGACCUUUUUUGGCACAUAGAAAAAUGUCACAGCAUUCACCUAUGGUGUGUAAAAAAUCUUUCAGAAACUCUGUUAUCAAUUUAUCGUUCAGUUUUUUGUAUAUUAUGGAGAAAAAAUAAGGUUAAUCCAUUAUUGAAAGUGCUCAAUACGACUCUGCAAGAACGCUAUGUGGAUGAUGUAAUAGUUAAUCGAUUCUUAUCUGACUUCAGAUCAUCUGUCAAUGAUGAAUGCAACGACGGUGUAAAAAAAACUUUGGUGCAGUCUUCUUCACGAUCCAUCAUUACAAAGAAUAUACCUACUCAGAUAUCUUCAAAUCGUUCAACACUUGGCGACGGAAUAGUUCUAGCAUGUAUGACUUUUCCGGGAUCUCGUGACAGUAAACGAUUACAAAAAUUAAUCAGUUUACUCGGUGAAAUUGGACGAAUUAAUUUAGAAGAUCAUGAAGAACAAAUAUGUGAUAGUAUGAGACUUCGAUUACGAUUAUUUGUCCGACGUGUUAUUAAUUUGCUUGAUGAAUACAAAAAUGAAUCUAUUUAUCUAGUUAGCUUCGGUGUUGGUUCGUUACUUAUGUUAUUAUCUGUUAUACAUAUACUCUCGUUAAAUAAUUCUCGUUCAGAAAAUAAUUAUACUAAUCGAACAAGUAUAAAUGGAAUUAUUUGUGUCGGUUUACCAUUAAUUGGUUUAAGAGGUAAACGAGGUGAAUUGAAUGAUCCACUCCUAUCGAUACCAGCUUUACCAAUAUUAUUUAUCAUAGGCGCUAGAAGUCGACUUGGUGGUUAUAAAGAAGCAAUUGAAUUUCGAAAGAGAUUAUUCAAUGCUAGACGAAGACAACGUCCACUAACUUCUCGAAUCGAUAAUAAUGACAAUGAUAAUUUAAUUCAUAUGAAUUAUACUAACCAAUUUCGACACAAAAUCAAUGGAUCAUCUAGCAUCACUGCUACUAAUACUACUACUGUUGUUCAUGAUGAUAAUGAUGAAUUGAAUUCGAUCUCACCAACUUUUGAUUUAUUAGUGAUUGGAGGCGCCGACCAUUUACUUCGAAUGCAACCGUCUGCAUGUAGACGUUGGUGUACUACACAAAGUACAGUAGAUAUUAGAAUGAUAAAUGCUAUCAAAAAGUUUAUUUGUAAAACUAGAAUACAACCAUUUGAAAAGUUAUCCAUGGACUUUAUGUUAUCCCCAUCAACUCCCAGUGGUAAGAGAUGAUCAUGACUUGAUAUUAUGUUGACAACAAUAACACAUUCAUAAUCAUUAAAUCCAGAUUUUUGUUUUUACGCUACAUUGGUAAGAACAUAAUACAAUUCAACAAUUUCUUUUGAAUAUCAUCAGAGAGCGGAAAUAAUGUAUAACCAUAUGCAAAAGUUUACAUCGUUUUGAUUAGUAUCAACAUGAUGAUACAUGCUAUCGUCCAUAUUUCUUCAAGAAAAAAACAACCUCUGAAAUAAUUGGAUUCAAAUGGAAUAGAGAAUUAUUUAAGAUAUGAUUUUUAGUAGACGAGAAAUAAACACUGAGGUGUAUAAUAUUAAUAUUUUUGUAUUUCGAGUUAUUUACAUUGUGAAUUUUGUAUAAUAGUUGUGAAUAAAUAAUAUUACUUGUUAAUUUUUCAAAUUCUCAAACAUGAAUAACUGUACUCAAACCACAAUACAUUUUAAUAACCUUGUAUA